UUUCUCCUUCCGAAUCUCCAAUGAUAACAGCACGGCCGGUGCCUGUCGUCGUCCCGGCUCUAUAUCCACGGGAUUUUCAGAUCUUCUAACCGACCAAGAUCAGGACAGGAACGUGCUAAAGGGGGGGAAAUGUCCAGUGACAGACAACGAUCAGACGACGAAAGUCCGAGCACCAGUAGCGGCAGCUCGGAUGCAGACCAGAGAGAUCUACCAGUACCCGAACCUGAAGAACAGGAGGAGCGGAAACAGCCCACACCUUCGCUGCAGAAGAAAAAUACCAAAUUAUCCAGCAAAACAACCGCUAAAUUGUCUACCAGUGCUAAAAGAAUCCAGAAGGAGCUCGCGGAAAUCACACUGGACCCCCCUCCUAACUGCAGUGCUGGGCCUAAAGGAGACAACAUAUAUGAAUGGAGGUCUACCAUCUUAGGCCCCCCUGGAUCUGUGUAUGAAGGGGGGGUCUUUUUCCUGGAUAUAACCUUUUCCUCAGACUACCCCUUCAAACCACCAAAGGUGACAUUCCGCACAAGGAUCUAUCACUGCAAUAUUAACAGCCAGGGCGUGAUAUGCCUGGACAUUCUUAAGGACAACUGGAGCCCCGCCCUCACCAUCUCCAAGGUCCUUCUGUCCAUCUGCUCCCUCCUCACAGACUGCAACCCUGCGGAUCCCUUGGUGGGCAGCAUAGCCACGCAGUACUUGACCAACAGAGCGGAACAUGACAGGAUAGCGCGGCAGUGGACCAAGAGAUACGCCACAUAGACCUCCGACACCUCGCCCUUCCCUCGACCACAGGGAACUUUACAGCGUACAACAGCUCUUUAUAGCCUUUACAAUACGGACUUGUGUGUACAUGUCAUACUGUUUCUGCCCUGUGCUUUUACCCUCCGAAGACUUGGAGCAGAGGCCCUCUACAGGUAAAAGCUACAGGGGCAGACAUUUUUAGAUGUAGAUUUAGUCAUGUAUAAAUGCCUACUCGCAAGUCUUGCUUCUUUGGGAUAUAAAAAUGUAUUUUGUGAUGUAAUAAGGACAUUUCCUAAAGUCAACCAAAUAUUAUGGUGCAUUUUAGCCUAAUCCAUUAUCUUUAUGAAUUUAAGAAAAAAAACAACAAAAAAGAACCUAGCUAUAGGAAAUAUGUCGUUUAUAGGAAAGCCAGCUCCAUUUCCGGUUAUGUGAUUCAUCCUGUUGGGAAUGCAAUUUGGCCUUCGUCAGUUUGUAAUGAAGGCAUGUAAUUUACCCUUUUGUAGCCCAGAAGAAUAAACCCCUCCCCCAAACACAAUACACUCCUCCCCUAAACAAUAAACCCCUCCCCCAAACACAAUACACCCCUCCCCUAAACAAUAAACUCCUCCCCCAAACACAAUACACCCCUCCGCUAAACAAUAAACUCCUCCCUUACACAAUAAACUCUGCCCCUAAACACAAUAAAAUACUCCCACAAACAUUAUAAACUCCUCCCCCAAGCACAAUAAACUCCUCAAACCUAAACACAAUAAACUCCUCUCCCCAAACACAAUACACCCCUCCGCUAAACAAUAAACUCCUCCCUUACACAAUAAACUCUGCCCCUAAACACAAUAAACUCCUCCCCCAAAUACAAUAAACUCCUCUCCCUAAAUACAAUAAACUCCUCCCCCAAACACAAUAAACUCUCCCCCUAAACACAAUAAACUCCUCUCCCAAACACAAACUCCUCCCCCAAACACAAUAAACUCCUCUCCCUAAACACAAUAAACUCCUCAAAACUAAACACGAUAAACUCUGCCCCUAAACACAAUAAACUCCUCAACCCUAAACACAAUAAACUCUGCCCCUAAACACAAAAAACUCCUCUCCCUAAACACAAUAAACUCCUCAACCCUAAACACAAUAAACUCUGCCCCUAAACACAAAAAACUCAUCUCCCUAAACACAAUAAACUCCUCAACCCUAAACACAAUAAACUCUGCCCCUAAACACAAUAAACUCAUCUCCCUAAACACAAUAAACUCCUCAACCCUAAACACAAUAAACUCUGCCCCUAAACACAAUAAAUUCUUCCCCAAACACAGUAAACUUCUCCCCCAAACACAAUAAACUCCUCAACCCUAAACACAAUAUACUCCUCCUCCAGGGUCAGGUGUGCUGUGUGCUGUCAUGGAUGAUUGACAUUCACAGCUGCCAAGCAAAUACCUCUCAAAUCUGGCCCAGUUUGUUCUGGGUCGUUGUGAAUAAUGAGAUUCACUGUGGUGCAUCUGUGAGCAGUGUUUUUUUAGUGUUAAACUAUGGAUAUUCUUAUGAAUGUCUACCUCUACUUACUAUAUUAUCAUCAUUGUGAUUAUGAUAAUUAUAUUAUGGAGCAGAAUUGAAUCUACUUUCUGGUCACUUUAAGCUUUAUUGUAAGUUUUAAAAUGUGGUCUCUGAACAGAAGCUUUCAGCAUAUUACAGCCACCAUUUUACAAUAAGGGUUACAUUUAAUGCAGUUUAUUAAUAGCCUCCAAUGGGAAAUGAUAUUGUGCAGUAUACUGUGCUUUGGAUCACCAGGGAUUUCACCCUUUGGGGCAUAUUUUAACUGUUCACUGCUGUAAAAAGAAAAUGAGAUAGAUUGGUGCAUUACUACUAUUUACAGAAACUGUUGACUAACUGUGAAAGGGAUGCUUCAUUUUCUGUUCUUUAAAUAUUUUUUUCAGUUUUAGUGGAUGUUCCCUUAGGCCCUGUUGUUGUGUGUGAAAAAGGCUGUUUAAAAUAUUCCUGAUUGACCUGCCAGCUCCACAGUGGCAGGGAAAGGGCAUUUGGGGUUUGUGGUGUAAGCUGAUGAAAUACACAUUAAGUGACUCCAACACAGCUUGAACCACAAUGUCAUACCUCCAGUGGUUGUGUGUAUGCAUAUUACCUGAAUAUUUAAGUGACGCUUAAUAUGAUGUAGCACAGUGGGUAAGGAACUGGGCUUGUAACCGUAAGGUCAUAUGUACGAUUCCCGGGUAGGACACUGCCGUUGUACCCUCAAGCAAGGUACUUAACCUGCAUUGCUUCAGUAUACAUCCAGCUGUAUAAAUGGAUACAAUGUAAAAAAAAAAAAAAUGCUGUGUAAAAGUUCUGCAAGUCGCUCUGGAUAAGAACGUCUGCUAAAUGCCUGCAUUGUAAUGUAAGGGAAGAAUGCCAGCAGGAUGUAAACGCUGUUUUAGAGUUACCUGCUUUCGACCACAAACCCCCUAUACCUGUCAUUGUAAAGCUGGCAGAUCAGCUGAAAUGUCUGUAAGUACCUGAAGUGUCCUUCAUUGCGCACAGAAACUGUCAGAGCCCAUUUAAAACAUCCACUAAAACUAAAAUGAACCCUGGAAAGUGAACUAUGCCUUCAGUCCCAUUGUUGCUGUGCCUUCCUAACCACUUACAUCACUGUAUAUAUAUAACGGACUGUUGUAUGUAUUAUAAAGGAGUAUUUUUGUUUAUUUAUUGCCUUCUAAGUGUAAAGAAAUGUUUGGAUGCUGA